AUGGCCGCUGCGAACUGUCCGGAUAACGUGCUUGCCUUGAUGAACGUUGCUGCUGUGAACCCCGUGGACUUCCCAGACGGUGUCACGAUCUCUAUAAACGACUUCUACGUCUUCACGACAAAGCAGUCGAACGAUGUUGCGCCUGGAUCGGUUGGCUUGAACGGUACGCAGAGAUUAUGGGCUGGGUUGUCCCUGAGCGAGCCUAUCCAGGUUAGAAAGUACGAUAUCAUGGCGGCCACUGGUAAACAGACGUAUAUCGGCACCUGUAACUUGCAAAUUUCAUUCAGAACCAAGAACAGUGUGACUGAUAAGCCGUUUGACCAGGAUGAGCUGUCAAAGGCCUUGAUCUCGAAGUUUGAGAACCAAAUAUUCACACCUUCGCAGCUGUUCUUGUUUGACUUCAAAAGCAUCAUCUUCGAGGUUAGAGUGGAGAGCUUACAGGUUGUUGACCUCGUGGACAUCGAGAACAACGGCCCUGUGAGUACUUCUAUAGAGACCAAGGGACUGUUGUUACCACAGUCCAUCGUCAACUUCUUCAAAGGACGCGAUGGAUUAGUCAACCUGAAGUCGAGUUCGAUAAGACCAAGAUCGGAUGCUGUGAUCAGACCAGACUUCAAGUUCGAAGAGUUGGGUGUUGGUGGUUUGGAUAAAGAAUUCGCCAACAUCUUUAGACGUGCAUUCGCAUCCAGAGUCUUCCCACCUGCCUUUAUUGAAAAGCUGGGUAUCACCCACGUUAAGGGUCUUCUGCUCUAUGGUCCACCUGGUACAGGUAAGACCUUGAUCGCUAGAAAGAUUGGUAAGAUGCUUAACGCCAGAGAACCUAAGAUCGUCAACGGUCCUGAAAUUCUGAGUAAAUAUGUGGGUUCCUCUGAGGAAAACAUUCGUAAUUUGUUCAAAGAUGCUGAGGCAGAGUUCAAGGCUAAAGGUGAGGAUUCCUCGUUACAUAUCAUCAUCUUUGACGAAUUGGAUUCCGUCUUCAAACAAAGAGGCUCUAGAGGUGAUGGUACCGGUGUGGGUGACAACGUUGUUAAUCAGUUAUUGGCGAAGAUGGAUGGUGUUGACCAAUUGAACAACAUCUUGGUCAUUGGUAUGACCAAUCGUCGUGAUCUGAUCGAUGUUGCCUUGCUACGUCCUGGUAGAUUCGAAGUUCAGGUUGAGAUCCAUUUGCCAGAUGAGGCUGGUCGUUACCAAAUCUUUGAAAUCCAUACAAAGAAGAUGAGAGAAAAUAAAGCUCUAGCUUCAGAUGUUGAUCUCCAUGAGUUGGCUGCGUUGACAAAGAAUUUCUCCGGUGCUGAGAUCGAGGGUUUAGUAAAGAGUGCUUCGUCUUUUGCCAUUGAUGGUGUGAUCAACAUUGGUAAGGGUAAGACUAAUAUCAACCAAAAGACCAUUGCCAACAUGAAGGUGACGAGAAAGAACUUUUUGGAUGCCCUGGCAGAAGUCACACCUGCCUUCGGUGUGAGUGAGGGUGAUUUGAAGAUGUGCUUGAAAGAGGGUCUUGUUAACUACUCACCUAAGGUCCAUGAUAUUUUGACUAUUGGCCAUCGUUAUGUUCGUCAAACUAAGGAGAAGACCAGUUUGAUUUCGCUCUUGAUGCACGGACCUUCAGGAUCUGGUAAGACUGCUUUGGCUGCAAAGAUUGCUCUAGAUUCUGGGUUCCCAUUCGUUCGUUUAUUAUCUCCAGAUAACAUGGCUGCGAUGUCGGAAAGUGCAAAGAUUGCAUACAUUGAUAACCUGUUUAGAGACGCUUAUAAAUCUCCGCUGAACAUCGUUGUGAUUGAUGACCUUGAAAAGAUCAUUGAAUGGGUCCCAAUUGGCCCAAGAUUUUCAAACGCUAUCUUGCAGGUGGUGACCACUUACUUGAAGCGUCAUCCACCAGAUGACCGUCGUUUGUUGAUCAUCACAACCACCUCUUCUUACUCCGUUCUGCAACAGUUGGAUCUGCUGAGCUGUUUUAACAACGAUAUAGCAGUUCCAAACUUGAGCACUCUUGAUGAGUUCAACAACGUGAUGGUUGAGAAACAGUUCUUGGACGACAAGGGACGUGCAGAGGUGUUGCACAAGCUGGGCUCCAUUACACCAAGACUCGAUGUUGGUAUCAAGAACGCCAUGAUCAACAUUGACAGCGCAACGUUCGGCGAGAACCCAGUCGACGAGCUUGUUGAGCUCAUGGCUAAGUAA